AUGGCCACUACCACUGAUAAACCCACUUUCCCCCUUGUGAGCUCCUUCGCCGAUAUCCCCAUCAUUGCUGAGGAUGGCGUCGACACCACCAAGUUUCUCGAGGCCGUCGAGGCCCUAUUGGCUAUGUUCGCCACCUUCAAAUUCAAAGCUUUCGACAAGGUCAAUGAUGACAUGAAAGGAAACGUCGAUAAAAUCCGCAAUCGCCAGCUCGCAGCACCCUCUGAGUCUGAGACUCUUCAGUCCCUUGUGCUGAACGAGUUGAAGACCAAGAAGCACGUUGCCACUGAAGGUUUGGUCUGGCUGGUCCGGAGCCUUGACUUCAUUUUGAACGCGCUCGGUCACACCAACAAGAACCCAGACCAAGAACUCGCUGACUCCUUCCGCGACGCCUAUGGCAAGACCCUGAGUAAACACCACAGCUGGGUGGUCAAGCCUGUCUUCUCCGCGGCUAUGACCUUCACCCCAUACCGAAAAGACUUCUACUCGAAGCUCGGUUCGGACGAGGUCGAGGUCUCCGCCGAAUUGGAGAAGGAACUCGCUGCGCUGGAGAGGGUAGUCAAUAUCCUCAAGACGUUCCAGGACACCAAGGAGGCAAAAUGGUAG